GCACACAAAAGAAACAGUCUGCCUCCGGUCACCGUCGAUGAUGUAUAUUUAACCAAAACAUCAACGCGGGACGCAUUUUCUUAUCAUUCCAGAUGUUUAGCGAAAUGAAAGAAUAGUGUACAGUUUUACAUUUGAAUAACCCUCCGUUUCGGUGGCGCAUGCGUAUUACACGCCUUUCUGUGAUUGGUCGUGAACAGGGACUUCCGAAAGCAAUAUGAGUGGAACAAAUAGUGUCAGUCGGUCUGCGUGCAACAGCAAAAGCAGUAUGAUUGUCGUGUCUAACAGAUUACCAUUUAUUUUGAGGAGAAAUGAGAAAACGGGCGAAUUGGAAAGAAAAGCCAGUGCCGGUGGCCUGGUGACUGCGGUGGCACCUGUAGUGAUCCGUGGCAGCGGCAUCUGGGUGGGCUGGCCCGGAAUCCAUCUGGAGGACCCCAACGAGAAGAUCCCAGAAUCCGAUCCCAAUGACAAGACUCCUACCGCUGGACUGCUAUCUAAAAAGAUCAUCCCUAUCCGCGCGGAGCCGAAGCUCUUCGACAGCUACUACAAUGGCUGCUGCAACGGCACCUUCUGGCCGCUGUUCCACUCCAUGCCGGACCGAGCCACCUUCAUCGCCGACCACUGGAAUGCCUACAUCAAGUGCAAUGAGGAGUUUGCCGAGAAGACCGUUCAUGCGCUGCGACUGCUUAAGCAGAGCAAUGAGAAGAAUGGCUCUCCGCCUAUUGUGUGGGUUCAUGACUACCAUCUCAUGUUGGCUGCUAAUUGGAUUAGACAGCGAGCUGAAGAAGAUGAUCUCCCCUGCAAAUUAGCAUUUUUCUUACACAUACCUUUCCCGGCGUGGGAUAUCUUCAGACUGUUGCCGUGGUCUGAUGAAGUUUUACAGGGAAUUUUGGGUUGCGAUAUGGUGGGAUUCCACAUUACAGACUACUGUUUAAAUUUCAUAGACUGUUGUCAAAGGAACUUAGGUUGUCGUGUAGACAGAAAAAAUCUUCUAGUCGAAUUGGGAGGCCGAACCAUUUGCGUUCGCCCCCUACCUAUUGGUGUGCCGUUCGACAGAUUCGUUCAGUUGGCCCAAGGCGCAAAACAAGUGCUCUCUACAAGCCAAAAAGUGAUAUUAGGAGUCGAUAGACUGGAUUAUACCAAAGGAUUAGUGCAUAAACUCAAAGCCUUCGAAAGGUUAUUAGAGAAGCACCCCGAACACAUCGAAAAGGUGGUGUUGCUUCAAAUCUCAGUUCCUUCAAGAACUGAUGUGAAGGAAUAUCAAGAUUUAAAAGAGGAGAUGGAUCAAUUAGUUGGUAGAAUCAACGGAAGAUUCACUACACCUAACUGGUCUCCUAUUAGAUAUAUUUAUGGGUGCGUCGGUCAAGACGAGUUGGCGGCUUUCUACCGCGACGCCGCUGUCGCGCUGGUGACCCCCCUGCGCGACGGCAUGAACCUGGUGGCCAAGGAGUUCGUGGCCUGUCAGAAAGAAGCCCCCAGGGUACUCAUCGUGUCGCCCUUCGCCGGCGCCGGAGAGAUGAUGCACGAGGCGCUCAUCUGCAAUCCUUACGAGUUGGAUGACGCCGCAGAAGUCAUUCACAGAGCAUUAAUAAUGGACGAAGACGAGCGCACAGUCCGCAUGAACCACCUGCGGCAUCGCGAGCAGCUGAACGAUGUCGACAGCUGGAUGAAGAACUUCCUCAAAGCCAUGGACUCACUCGAAGAGGAAGCUGACGACAUCGGAGCUACCUCCAUGCAACCGCUCUCCAUUGACGACUUCGAUGAGUACCUCUCUAAAUACAUCGGGUACACCCAGAAACUUGCUCUGCUCCUGGAUUAUGACGGCACUCUGGCGCCCAUUGCGCCGCACCCAGACCUAGCCACCCUUCCCUUAGAAACAAAACACGUACUUCAGAGACUGUCCAACAUGUCUGAUGUCUACAUCGCCAUCGUGUCUGGCAGAAAUGUGGAAAACGUUAAAAAUAUGGUGGGCAUCGAAGGCAUCACUUACGCGGGCAACCACGGGCUGGAGAUCCUGCACCCCGACGGCAGCAAGUUCGUGCACCCUAUGCCCACGGAGAUGCAGGGCAAGGUCGUCGACCUGCUCAAGUCGCUGCAGGAACAGGUGUGCAAAGACGGCGCAUGGGUGGAGAAUAAGGGUGCUCUACUAACGUUCCACUUCCGCGAGACGCCUGUGAACAAGCGGGCAGCGUUAGCGGAGCGGGCGCGCGCGCUCAUCACAGCAGCCGGGUUCAACGCACACGACGCGCACUGCGCCAUCGAGGCCAAGCCGCCUGUACCGUGGAACAAGGGUCGUGCGUCCAUCUACAUCCUGAGGACGGCGUUCGGGCUCGACUGGAGCGAACGCAUCCGUAUCAUCUACGCCGGUGACGACAACACCGAUGAAGACGCUAUGCUGGCCCUGAAAGGUAUGGCGGCCACAUUCCGUAUCGCGUCCUCGAACAUCACCAAGACCUCCGCCGAGCGGCGCCUGUCGUCUACCGACUCGGUGCUCGCCAUGCUCAAGUGGGUGGAGCGGCACUUCUCGCGCCGCAAGCCGCGCGCCAACUCGCUCACGUACAAGAACGCGCGGAAGGCGCGCGACACCUUCCACAUGCAAAUGACGUACCAGAUCCCGCCCAAGACGUCGCCGAAACCUUCGCCCCCGCACAGCCCCGACAAAAACUCCAGCGGGACCGACUCUAGUUAAUUAUACGUUAAGAUACCGCAUUGACGUUCUCUGGCAAUAGACUUGUCCUUUUAGGAUACGGCAACUUUUGCUUGAGAAAGUCAUUUUAUACAGUCAUAUAUAUUAAUCUUUUGGUCACCAAUGAUGUGCAAUGUUGAUAGUUAAGAUAGCAACUUCCCUUGUUAGCUUUAUAACAACAGACCCAAUCUUAAAUGUUAAUUUGCUAAAAGCUAAUAUUAUGUGUUACCUACUCUUAAAAUUUUAAAAAAUGUAUUUCAACGUAAGUGGUGCUCAAAAGGUUAAAUUAUAACUUUAAAAUACUGGCCCAUUUCUGCAGAGCAUUUUAAUUUUGUUAUUUGAGGAUGUAAAAAUUCAUUAAUUUAAUGAUUCAAAUACGUAAAAAAGUAUCACCAGUAUUUUUUAAGUAUCUUGUUCAGUUAAGUUCAAUCUAAAAUCUCUUUAUUGUAUAUUAUAAUAAUAAAUAUUUACAUGUCACGAAAAUAUUAUAUGAUAAUAUAAAUUAUAAGCCAUAUCUAUGUGCUUGAUUACGUCUUACUACAAGUUCUUCGUAAUUUUCGCAUAUUUCUAUAUGUGAUAGGAUAGUGAUAAAUUGAUUUAAGGAAAAAAUUGUAGUCAAAAGAAAUUGCAAUAAAAUGAUUGAGUCUAUUUACCCACUGCACAAUUGUAACCUUAAAGGUAGAAGCUAAAUUUCUUUUGUCUAUGAAGUUAUAUAAUAUGUUAGACUAGGUAUUUAUUGCGCCUGGUAUUGACAUUACAUAAUGUGUCAAUGUCCUAAAAUAAGAAAUUCACAUAUGAUUACAAAUUUAUACAAUAUUGAGAUCAACAAAUUUUAUCCUAUUUACGCACUUGAAGGGUUCCUAAUAGUGCAUGCAAUACAAGCAACAUUGUGUCUAGUACUUAGUGUUAUAUGUUGUGAGGAAACUAGUCUAGUUAGCAGAUGCCACACGGCCCAGGCUUUGGCAAAACAAAUUCAAUGAACUGAAAAUCUCGAAUUCCAUUUACCUGGUGUAUUUUUAGACCCGUUUUAUUGUUUUAUAGGAUUUCAAUAAAAAGUAAUUUUGACGGAAAA